AUGGAGACCUCGAUGGCUUCCGAGGAUACGAGGGCCGGAGGCCGCUCACGUCGUGUCUCGCAACCGCCGGCAUACCUGCGUUCGUCAUACCAGUUGACGAUGCCGCGAGGUCGGCUGUCGAACGGGAAGCGUGGGGCGACCGUUCCCAAGCGCUUGAGCUUGUCCACUAAGGGAAAGGAGGUGGCACAUUCAGAGCAAGAUGACGGCACGGGUGCAGAGAGUGCAGAUUCGUCUGAGCGCAGCGAGGAAGAGGACGAGGAAAGCGAAGACACAUCGGCGCCAGGAUCACAAGAGGAAUCCGCCGACCAGGGCGCUGGAGGGAAGACGCAUGACGAUGGAUGUGCGGGAAUAUCCGCGGCCAAUGCUGACAGGCGCACACAUCAAGAUGCGCGGGACACGGAUGUGUCUCGAGGCGACGGCCGAGGACAGGCGGACGGACUUGUUGGCCGCACACGCGUGAACACCUUGGACGCCAACGGCGAUGACGUGCGCAUCCCUAGCCGGAUCCUCGAGCAACUCAUACAGGCGCAGGACAAGAGCGCCAAGGAGAACGCGCGUUUGGAGGCGCUGUUUUUGAAUGCGAUGUCUCGCCCUUCCGGUGGCUCUGGUAAGCGUAAAGCUCAGAAGCAGAGAGACCCGGGGCAGGGUUGUAUGAACCCGAAGCGACAGCGUGGUGAGACGUGGAGUGGCGGGUCCGACGGCGACGGCGAGGAUGACGAUGACGACACGCAUGGUUCUGGUGGCCGUCAUAUGCGUACCGCGAAGUCUCCUAUUCUGCAACGCGCUUUGGAGCAUUUGCCGACGGACAAGGCAUGGAAGGUGAGCGGGCAUGUUACCGUUGGGCCUUUUUUCCGUUCGUCGUGUUGGGCUGCCAUGUGGGUCAGGGUGCACAUGUUUCUCAACAGGCCGACGUCGACGAUGACCUUCUACCCGAGCAGCGACGAUAAGACUCACGGAGUGUGUGCGGUGCUGGACCGCCUGCCGCAUAGCUUCGCCUGUUUGGCGCUGGCGGCUGACAAGUCGCGUCGCGCGGAUCUCAACAAGACGCUAUCUGAGUGGAAGACAAGGGCUGCCGCACGCGUGCGAGACAUUGCACUUCCCAAGCUCGGAUUGUUCCGCGACGACAGGGACGCAUCCAGCCCAUGGGCGCCCGAGAAGGCACGCAGUAUCGAUAAGAUCCGGGAGCGCAUUGGUCUUGGCGCUGACCCCCCUGAAACCCUGGUGCUCACGAGCUGGGCGAACGACCGUGACGGCAUGCCGUUUGCCUCCCGGGCGUUCGCGACAUGCGCGAAGGCUGCAUUCAGGCCCAAGAAGGCCGGGCUGGUGAUGACACUGAAGGUGUACCACCUGGCCUGGUUGGAGCAUGUGGUCUCCGACUGCGUCCUCUACUGGGAGGAGAGGAAAGGCCGGCUUUCCAACUCGGCCGGCGGCAACGCACACGUCGUGGACGGCCUCAAGGUCCUGGUGAAGGAGGUCGUGGAGAGGGCGAUCAGGAUCCGCAACCCGGAGUAUGACGCGGAGCGAGAGGCGUGGAUCUGGGGGCGCCAUGGACUGCGCAUCUCUGCGUGCGGCCUGGAGCACAUGAAGCCCACCGCCGCAGCUCAGUCCGAAGAGCCUGAGGGGGACGACGACCUUUCGGCGUCAGUUGGUGAUGAGUAG